UUCACUUGCAAAUCGCUGUGUGCUGGCAGGAGCCGGCACUUCCAGGCUCUAACCUUCCCUUGGCGAGUGCUGCAGCUCCAUCAGCAGAACCUUUCUCUCCGAGUGAGGAAGGGCUUUCCCACCCCCUCCCUCUCCCCCCCCACCUUCCUUAAUCAGAAUCACUGAAUGAAAGCCAAUCAGAGAGAGAGUUCGCCCCGUUUUCUUCGGUUCCCUGCCGUCCAGAGUUAAAAGUGACGCUGAGAGAAAGCUUGAGUUAGACCGAAGUAGAAUCAGCGAUAGAAAAUAACAGCAGAAAACAAACAAAAAGGGGACAGGGUGACAGUCUCUUCAGGGUUAUUUUGGCUGGAACCAACUUCCGUUUUCCAGAAGCUGAUGAAACCAGCUCUUGGAAAUAUGUAUGCAGCAUUGAUGAAAUGUUGGAAGUCAGCUGAGACACAGUGAGAUCUGAUACCAUAAACAGGACUACUUUUUCAUCAUCUACACUGAAAUUUUUCAAAAAGUGAACUAUGACCAUCUACCAGUUCUUGAGACUUUUCAUUCUCUGGGCAUGCCUGCCUCACUUCUGCUCUCCAGAGUUAAUGUUCAGAAGGACUCCUGGGCCUCGGCAAAUGAUUGCAGAAGCCCGUGUCCCAAGAAGUGAUGGUAAAAUCCUUCACCGCCAAAAACGUGGCUGGAUGUGGAACCAGUUUUUCUUACUGGAGGAAUAUACAGGAUCUGAUUAUCAAUACGUAGGCAAGCUUCAUUCAGACCAAGAUAAAGGAGAUGGAUCGCUCAAAUAUAUUUUAUCUGGAGAUGGAGCUGGUACUCUUUUUAUUAUUGAUGAAAAAACAGGUGAUAUUCAUGCCACAAGACGAAUUGAUAGGGAGGAAAAGGCCUUUUAUACUCUACGUGCACAAGCUAUUAACAGAAGAACUCUGAGGCCAGUAGAACCAGAGUCUGAAUUUGUGAUCAAAAUCCAUGAUAUCAAUGACAACGAGCCAACAUUCCCAGAAGAAAUUUAUACAGCUAGUGUUCCUGAAAUGUCCGUUGUAGGUACUUCUGUGGUGCAAGUCACGGCUACAGAUGCUGACGACCCUUCAUACGGGAACAGCGCCAGAGUCAUUUACAGCAUACUUCAAGGGCAGCCUUAUUUCUCUGUGGAGCCAGAAACAGGUAUCAUCCGGACGGCUCUACCAAACAUGAACCGAGAGAAUAGGGAACAGUACCAGGUGGUCAUCCAGGCCAAGGACAUGGGUGGCCAGAUGGGGGGUUUAUCCGGAACCACCACAGUGAACAUCACACUGACAGAUGUCAAUGACAACCCACCUCGCUUCCCUCAGAAUACCAUCCAUCUUCGAGUUCUUGAAUCCUCUCCAGUUGGCACAGCUGUUGGAAGUGUAAAAGCAACUGAUGCUGACAUGGGGAAAAACGCUGAAGUAGAUUACCGCAUUAUUGAUGGAGAUGGGACUGAUAUGUUUGACAUUAUAACGGAGAAGGACACACAGGAAGGCAUCAUUACUGUGAAAAAGCCACUUGACUAUGAGAGUCGAAGGCUUUAUACUCUGAAGGUCGAGGCUGAAAAUACCCAUGUGGAUCCACGUUUCUAUUACCUAGGGCCAUUCAAAGAUACUACAAUUGUGAAAAUUUCCAUAGAAGAUGUGGAUGAGCCCCCUGUUUUCAGCAGAUCCUCCUACCUGUUUGAGGUUCAUGAAGAUAUUGAAGUGGGUACAAUCAUUGGCACUGUAAUGGCAAGAGACCCAGAUUCUACUUCCAGUCCCAUCAGAUUCACUUUGGAUCGCCAUACUGACCUUGACAGGAUCUUUAACAUUCAUUCUGGAAAUGGAUCUCUUUAUACGUCAAAGCCACUGGAUCGUGAACUAUCUCAAUGGCAUAAUCUUACUGUUAUAGCUGCUGAGAUCAACAAUCCUAAAGAGACCACUCGAGUGUCUGUUUUUGUGAGGAUCUUGGACGUUAAUGACAAUGCUCCACAAUUUGCCGUGUUUUAUGACACAUUUGUAUGCGAAAAUGCCAGACCCGGACAGGUGAGCAGCUGUGCAACUCUAGUUCAGGAUGCUUUCGGUUGUGUGCAAAAUGUGUUUUUGUCAAAAUCUUGGAAAAGAUAA